AUGGCGCCGAAAAACAACGCCAAGGGCGGUGACAAGGGGAAAGCCACGAAAGGAAAGGCUAAAGAAGGUGGCGAUGAUGCUGCUAAGGGGAAGGGUGGGAAGGGCGCCUUGAAAGCUGCUACUUCGAUCAAUGUGCGGCAUAUUCUUUGCGAGAAACACUCCAAGAAAGAGGAGGCGCUUGAAAAGCUGCGUGAUGGUACAAAGUUCGAUGAGGUUGCACGUGAGUUCUCGGAGGAUAAGGCGAGGCAAGGAGGUUCAUUGGGAUGGAAGGGCCGUGGGAGUCUGGAUCCAUCUUUUGAGAAGGCUGCUUAUGAACUUGAGCCUAGCACGACGGGAAAUCCUAAAUAUGUGGAAGUAAAGACAGGAUUCGGGUAUCAUAUCAUUAUGGUUGAGGGCAGAAAAUGA